GGAUCCACGGCCAAGAGAGGACAAAAUACAUAACAACUUACCGCCCGAGCAGCGACAGACGAGCGCGCUCUGUAGACGAGCUGUUCCGCGGCGUCGCUGGUUCUCCUGCGCGGUCGGAGCCAUGGUGCAGUCCUGCUCCGCGUACGGCUGCAAAAACAGAUACCAUAAAGAUAAGGACAUUUCAUUUCACAAGUUCCCUCUCGCGAGACCCGACCUCUGCGGGAAAUGGGUGGCCGCCAUGAAGAGGAGCAACUUCAAGCCCACGAAAUACAGCAACAUCUGCUCUCAGCACUUUACCAAAGACUGCUUCAAGCGAGAGUGCAACAACCGGGUGCUGAAGGAGAACGCGGUGCCUUCUCUUUUCAGUUCCACUAAACUGCAAAUGAAGCCAGAUUCACUGGAGGAAACGUUCAUUCCUGAGAUGGACUUGCCUCCGACUCUGUCCAACACGGACCAAGAGAAGCAGGAACCUCCAGACCCUGAUCUUUCUGCUUCAAUUCCAGCCCACGUUCCAGUUCCAGCUCCAUCCUCAUCUCCGGCUCCAGCUGCUGCCGCAGACGACGAGAGCCCAGACUUCAAGCCCAGCACCUUUGUCUCCUGCGACCACAACUACACAGUGGAGGUCACGGUCCAGCAGAAGAAACGCAUCGACCAGCUUGAGGAGCAGCUAGAUAAACUGCGCAAGAAGCUGAAGACGGUGCGGCAGAAGUGCCGGCGGCAGGAGCGGCAGCUGGAACGUUUCAAAGCCACGAGGAAGCUGCGUAAAACCGGCAAGGGCCUGACGCUGGGAGAGAGCUACGUCAUUCUGCCCAAAGAACUCUUCAGCAUCAAACGGAUUGUGAGGGAGGGGGUGUCUCUGUGAAAAGGCCACACAAAGAUACUGUAUGUUUGAGAUUUGAGGGGUUUUUUUUGUAGUUUGGUUUUGUCCCCCCUUGAUAGCUCAAAGUAUUGGGGUAGCUUUGAUGUUUAGCUACAAGAAAACGUCUCCAAGCUGGUGGGGGAGGAUUUAAGCCAGGGUUAAGAAAUUUGCUGCUUUAAUUAUCCAGUUAUAUAUGUCGCUGUCCUAUCAAAACAAGUCUCGUA